GUGGAAUUAUACCUUGCUUAUAAAUAGGAAUUUGAUAAAGUCAUCAAUGAUAUUCAAAAAAAUAUGGGCGGAGUUAGUGGUGAAAAUCGUGGAAUAAAAUGUAUGCAAUUUAGUGGUAAUUUCAUUACUCCAUGUCAAGAGGUUGCUAGAUAUUUAAUUGAAGUAUAACAACGUCAUCAUUCUGAUAGCCCAAAACAUUGUAUAUUCUUGAACCAUAGGAUAAAUUCAGAUAAUAAAUAAACAGAACAAGAUGAUUGGUUUAACAAAUACGCGAAACUUUCAUCCUAAAUAUAUAAUAUAUGUAAGAAAAUUGAUCCUCAAAUUUUAAAUAAUCUUACAAAACUAUAUAGUUAUUAUAAUUCUUUUGAAAAAUAUAAUGGAAAAAAUUAUGAAUCUACUGGUAAUUAUUGUAUAGAAAUUCAGAAAUGUUACAAUUUUUAUAUUCAACCUUAUGAGAAAUGUCAAAAAAAUAAGGAUGAUACAUUUUGCAACGAGUUAGCAUAUGAUAAUAGAAGGAGCUUUUUAACUCCUUGUUCUAGGUUUCCACGAAUUUUACCACCCCCAAAAGUAGAUUAUGUAUUUUCUGCCAGUUUAUCCACAGCAGCAGUAUUACUAGCUUCUUUCACUUUAUUGUUUUUAUAUAAGGUUAAUAAACAUUAUACUUAAUAGUGUAUAUAUUCUAAAACAACGAGUAUGUCCAAUUUCACAAAUAAUUACAAUAAAACAAUUAUAUAUUUAGGCACAUAUACAUAUUUGUUUUUUUUAUAGUUUACUCCAGUGAAAUCUUGGUUACAUAAUCGCAUAGAUGAAAUUAACGAACUUCAAAAAACAAGAGAAUCCUUGCUAAUCAAAUAUAAAGAAGAAGAUAGAAAAUGUGAAGGGUCUUUUCGUAAUUUACCUUACCAAGCUCAA